AAGUUUGCACCCUAUUCGCCAACUCUUUACGCCCUGAGCGAUUUGAUUGGCUCAUGGCUUUCUCCCCCGAUGGUGAAACCCUGACCCUGCCCCCGCCCUUGGAAGUUAGAAAAUCCAAUGAGGAAACCCUGAAGAAAUCUACUUCCGGGUCAACGUCGUCAUCUGGGUCAACAUCAGGGUCGGGUUCAAAAGUGAUGACCUUCAAGGAACUGCGUAACCGUAGCAAACACAGCUCCCCGGCCUACCAACUAAUAACUGAACCGGAUCCUGAUCCCACAGUCAUAACCCCUGACCCUGACUUCCUCUACAACCUCAAGUGGAGGAGGGAAAAGACGGACAGCGACGGAAUCCAAUGGGAGUACACCUCCCAGGCCCAGGCCACCUUCCUGCAACCACCUCCCCUCACCUCACUGGCUGCUUUUAGGGAAAUGUUCCAGAAAGCAGAGGAUGCGAUUGGACAACCCGAGUUAUGUCCCUCGCAGCGGAUUGGGUGCUCAGCCAGUGAAGGGAACCUGUGGAGGAUGGAUGGACAGAGAAAAGAGGAGGGAGAAAAGAGGAAAGAAGAGGUGGAGGUGAGAGGAACAGCUGAUGGAGGAAGAACCUGUGAGUCAAGAACGACAGUGUCCUCACCCCCUCUCUCCCUGGCCCACUCCCAGCCCUCCUCCUAUUUCCUCCACCCUUACCGCCCAGGAUACUGUGGUACUCAUACGAGACCAGUCCCCAGGACCCAACCUCACAGCCACACUGAAAUCCAGUCCACAGCCAUAGGCCCUAACCCCUACACUACCCAGUCCACAGCCAUAGGCCCUAAACCCUACACUACCCAGUCCACAGCCAUAGGCCAUAACCCCUACACUACCCAGCCCACGGCCCCUAACCCCUACACUACCCAGUCCACAGCCAUAGGCCCUAACCCCUACACUACCCAGUCCACAGCCAUAGGCCCUAACCCCUACACUACCCAGUCCACGGCCCCUAACCCCUACACUACCCAGUCCACGACCCCUAACCCCUACACUACCCAGUCCACGACCCCUAACCCCUACACUACCCAGUCCAUGACCCCUAACCCCUACACUACCCAGUCCACGACCCCUAACCCCUACACUACCCAGUCCACGGCCCCUAACCCCUACACUACUCAGUCCACGACCCCUAACCCCUACACUACCCAGUCCACGACCCCUAACCCCUACACUACCCAGUUAUCUAACCCCUUUGCUACACCAUACACUCACACAGAUAUAAAUGAAGACAGCCAUGGAACUUAUUCUGAGAAUGAUAUUGAUUCUGGAUAUAGUGACUAUUUUAAGAAGGAUGGAGGCCUAGACUCUGCACAUCGUUUUGGAAAGGACUUCAAGAGCAACAUUGAUAGUUUGUAUCGUUAUGUGAAUGAGUCCAAGACUAAAGAAAGGCUGGAGUAUGGCUUUGUCUCUGAAUCCAUCACUGACUUUGACUCCCUCUACUGCACCGCUAACGUCACUGAUAAACAGCCUCACACCGGCUCAGACACACUCGUCAGCAAUGACACACACACUCAAGGCUGCACCACCCCAUAUAAAAACGUUGACGCGACGAUGAUGGCAUAUGCCAAAACACACACUGUCGGUUCCCUUGGUCGCACUGACACACACACACACACCUCUCACCCUGGCCAGAGCAGAACCUCUAAAGAUCUCCCUCCCCUCCCUACCUGGUACCUCUACCACCCCAAAAACUGUCCCAUCCACAGGGGUGCCCCACCCCGCCUCUCCCCCAUCGGGGCUCUCGAUCCCCCCUAUCGCUCUGGAGCCCCCCCUCCGGGCCUGGACGCAUCCUGCCUCAGCUCACCCCUGUUCCCCCGCUCUCACACCCUCCCUGCCCUGGCCGCCCCCCUCUACUACCCCUUCCUCUACCCCCCUAUUCCCCCCAGGAAAACCUCCGACACCCCAAAACUCAUCCAGGCUCCGCCGCUGCCGCCCACGCUGACGGUUCGUAGCGUCUCAUUUGCCAGCUCUGUACAGAGAGGUGGGACUUCCUGGAUGGGCGAUGACGUGAAGGCCCCUCUGAGAGGCCUAGGGCUGUCCUCUCUGUGCCUGCUGGAAAAAAGAGCUCUGGUCAGUGCAGUCAGUGUGGCAGUGGAGGCCAUUUUGGCUCAGUUCAGCUCCUCACGGACCCUGGUGCAGAAGUCUGCCUCUAUUAACAAGGCUCUAUCAGGAGACAGCAGUGUGAAUCCGUCUCUGGGCCGGCUGGUGCUGCAGUGUUUGUGCCCCGCCCUGCGGAGCCUGCUCUCCGACGGCCUCAAGCCCCACCAGAGUGAUUUGAUCUCGGGCAGGAGGCCAAACUCAGCCUGGGGACUGGUCCAGGCCUCCACCAGGCCAGGUAGGAACUCUGGAGCGCAGUACAGAGGGCCCAGCACUCAGUCCCUGUACAGCCUCCAGGCUAGAAUAGGAGAGCUGCCCCAGCUCCGGCAGAACAAACACAGGUUCAACGCCUUCCUCCUCGGCCUCCUCAACAUCAAGCUUAUGGAUUUCUGGCUGUCCCAUCUCCAGUCAUGCAGUGAUGUGUUGGUGACGUUCUACCAGCCCUCCUCCUUCAUGCGUUUGUCAUUGACUUCCUGCCAGCCUCUGUUUGAGGAGCUCCUCCUCCUGCUGCAGCCCCUCAGUCUCCUGACCCUUAACCUCGACCUGCUCUUCCAGCACCACCACCUGGAUCCAGCCAAUCACAGCCCAGAGAUCCCCAGCCCACCCAAUCAGGACCUGGAAUUCAGGCUCUCGCCCCGGGGGUCCGCUUCCCAAAGCAGGGGCAGCAGCUAUCUCGAGAGCCUAUCAGAGCUGGACUUUGGGAGAGCAGAACCCGAGGCGACCAAUCAUAAUGUGAGCUCGUCGUCCCUGGCCAACUCAGGGGUGGGAGGGUUGGUGGAGUCACUGAAGCCAGCGAGUCUCAGUGUGGGGUCUGCAAAGGUCUCUGGGGGUCUUGCGGAGACAAGUCCUCAGCUGAUGUGGGUUCAGGAGAAAGAAAUUAGGGAGCUAGCUCCUCCUAAUGUUGAGGAGGCCAGUCUCUCCCAACAGGCAGGACAGGUGAUCCAGGAGGGAUGGGGGGCUGUGGUACGCUGGGGGGGCAAGCUGGGCCAGAACCUGGCUGAACUCAGCCUGUCUGCAGUACAGAACCAGGAGGGGACAUCCAGAGACCCCCCAGAGCCCCAGACCAGUACCCAGGCUAGGAGUGACCCUCCUCAGGUCGAUGGAGCAUUGGCGGUCCCCUGGGGUUUGGGACGGCUGUUUGGAGCCUCCAAUAACCCCACGAUACCCACACUUCCAACCAGACGUCCGUCUCAGUGGUUGUCUCCAGGGGUGUCUGUUCUGACCCGGAUGGUGAGCAGCAGUUCCCGCGCUAACCAGAGGAGGGCGCUGGAGCCCCAGCAGGUAGAAGAGGUGUUCGAGAAAGAGAUGGAGGAGACAUGGGACAACCCAAGACCCCUCAGGUCAGUCAGAACACUAUGCGACCACUCUGGCACAGGGGCGGAGCUAAGCUUCCAGAAAGGGGAGGAGUUAGUGGUUUUAGGGGGAGUCGAUCACGACUGGAUUCGCUGUCGUCAGGGAGACCGAGAGGGGCUCGUACCCAUUGGCUACGCCUCACUGAUCCUGUGAUUUCAGACACCUGAUCAGAGUUUUGAUUGUUUGAAUAUAUCUGGGGGAGGGAAAAUGAAGUCAUAAAGCUAUAAUGUAUUUAGGCAACCAUAAAGAGGCUGUGGUGAAGUCCCAAUGCUAUCAGAGAAAUAGUUCACCCCUGAAUCUAAGUUCAAAUCACAUGUUUAUAUCUCUAAAGUGGUCCAAAGUCGUAUGUCAGGGUUCCCCAACUGGCGGCCCAUGAUUUUAUAAGGGUUUGGGUUACUUGUUGGACAUAAAAUACUACCAUCAGUAAAUGUUGGAAAUCUGUUCCAAGGUAUUCCCACACAUAGAGAGAGAUGUGAUUGUUUACAAAUCUAAGCAAGGUUUGAAAUGCUUAUAUUUUAGCCAAAUGUUAUAUCUGUUUGGGCUUCUUGUGGUCAAUUUGCAGUCUACAAAUGAUUUGUGAUUAGGUUCCAGCCCCCUGACCAUCCUUGGCUGAGUCUAGUUGAUGAUCUCUGGUCUAAGUGAUUUAGUUCAGUCCCUACUCCGCACCAUCUGUUGUGUAGAUCCCACUAUAUGCACUGGUAGAAAUGUGCAAAACUCAAUCCCUAAAGAACUGUACCAUCUAAUGCCAUCUAAUUAGCGGGAUUUAAGGAAGAUUUAAUUUAGCUCACCAGAUGGUGUGGAAUAUGGACCCAGCAUGACUUCAGACCACUUUUGAAGUGUGAAAACUUCAGACAAACACUUAUCUUGGUGUGGACUAUCCCUUUAAAUGUCCUCCAUUCAUCAUCUCUCUUUUGUGACCACUGAUCUGAGAAGGACUGGAUAAAGCUUUGUAGAAUUCUAUUCAUAGGUUGCACCUCCGUCACGUCAUACCAAGCCGCCAUCGGCGGUGCCCUAAAGUGGUGAUAAGCCCCGUCGUUCUGAGUCUAACUACUGUUUAGUAUAAAUGAAUAGCAAAAUUCUGCAAAAAUAGCUAGCAAAGCAAACGUAAGCUAGUUACAACCAGGUGGCCUCCCCUCAAUUUAAGCUAGUUAGCUAACGUUAUACUGCAUUUAAAGUCAAUCUGGCAACAUCAAAAUGAUGACGAAAGGUUUUCUUCAUAAUGAUUUGCCUCCUUUUGAAUGUCAUUGUAUUUCCAGGCCACUAUAAUGCUCUUUGGAUGAAAUCUUCAUCAAAAACGAACGUUAAAAACAAUAUUGUGACGAAACAUGCAACCAAUGCAUUCAGCUUAUCCAAACACUUUCAGAUCAGCAGUCACUAUGGGAAGAUGUAUAGCCUGGUAGCCAGGUCGGUUUCUGCUCUAGACCCAGACCUUGCCGCCAGGCUAACCGGUGAAGGGAGCCAUGGUAGAGUAUUGGAGCGUAGCCCAUGUUACGUAACAUAGUACCAUAGUGCAAUGUAGCUGUUUUCUGUGUUCUAUUUGACCUUUCACCCCUAUUGAUCGCUCACCUCUUUCACUUCGUCUCUGUGUGUUUGACAUGUUCCCACUACAAUUAAUAGUCCGUUUAAAAAGGAUAACUAUUUGACUGUAUAAAUAUACAUACAUAAUAUAUAGGUAUAUGAAUAUAGAUUAAUUUAACCGAUAGAUAGAUAACCAAGAGAAAACAGAUAGUCAAACGUUACUAUAGAUAAGGUUGAUCAUGAAUCAAAUUGAUAAGUGAUCUGGCCUUUUAUCCCCAACUCACCAGUCACUACUCUAUAGUCAUUAUACACACGGACAGCUCCAGUGUUUUUGUCAAUUAUUGGAAUCCAGUGGCUUCAUCUUAGUGUGUGUUUGCAUUGUCUUGACUUCAUAUCCUUCAUAUCUUCAUCAUAACCUGAUGGUCUCAUACCUUUAGACUGUAUUUAUUGUAUAAUGAAUGCUUUGAGUGAAUGCAGUGGGGUUGGGCUCAAUAUGGCAGUCAAUUCAGGAAGUAAACUGAAAUCCCAAUUCGAUGAUUGAAACAGGGGCCUGUAUUUUUAAUGAUUUCUUAAUGAAUUGAAAAGGAGAAGCUAUUUAUGUUUUUUAAGUAGCUGAUUUUAAAUUCAAAUCACUUCCUGAAUUGGCAGCCUUCAAUUCGAAUUGAGCCCAACCCUUGAAUGCAGAAGAAUAUCUAUCUAUAUGACACAUAUCUAUCUAAAGGACAUUCUAGUAUCCAACAGUAUAUAAAUAUAACAGGCAUAGCAAUGCUGUAACUUCAAUCAGUCCACACCUCUUAAACCUCACUAACACAUACUACUCAGUGCUUAUGGAAAUAUCAAUGCUUUGAGACAGACAGAUAGACAGAUAAACAGACAGACAGAUAGACAGACAGGUAGACAGACAGGUAGACAGACAGAUAGACAGAUAAACAGACAGGUAGACAGACAGAUAAACAGACAGGUAGACAGACAGAUAGACAGAUAAACAGACAGGUAGACAGACAGAUAAACAGACAGACAGACAGGUAGACAGACAGAUAAACAGACAGGUAGACAGACAGAUAAACAGACAGACAGAUAGACAGACAGAUAGACAGACAGAUAAACAGACAGGUAGACAGACAGACAGAUAAACAGACAGGUAGACAGACAGAUAGAUAAACAGACAGAUAAACAGACAGGUAGACAGCUAGACAGACAGGUAGACAGAAAGAUGGAUAAACAGACAGACAGACAGACAGACAGACAGACAGACAGAUAAACAAACAGAUAAACAAACAGAUAAACAAACAGAGAGACAAAUAAACAAACAGAGAGACAGAUAAACAGACAGAUAGACAUACAGAUAAACAAACAGAUAGAGAGACAGAUAAACAGACAGAUAGACAGACAGUUAAACAGAUAAACAAACAGAUAGAGAGACAGAUAAACAGACAGAUAAACAGACAGUUAAACAGAUAAACAAACAGAUAGAGAGACAGAUAAACAGACAGAUAAACAGACAGUUAAACAGAUAAACAAACAGAUAGAGAGACAGAUAAACAGACAGAUAGACAGACAGUUAAACAGAUAAACAAACAGAUAGAGAGACAGAUAAACAGACAGAUAAACAGACCGUUAAACAGAUAAACAAACAGAUAGAGAGACAGAUAAACAGACAGAUAAACAGACAGAUAGACAGACAGUUAAACAGACAGAUAAAUAGACAGAUAAACAGACAGAUAAAUAGACAGAUAAACAGUCUGAGGGACUUGAGACCUGUCUCUUUCUACUCAUCCCAGGGAUGAUCAACUCUAGUCUGGUUACUUUUCCUUUACCUCAUAGAUCAAUUGGUAUCUUUGAUUCCCCAGAUGUUUAACUUGACUGGUUACCUGGGCGUUACUAAGUCUGACUACAAGACAAUUCAAAAGGCUACUGAGACCAGUAGACAAUGUGGGUUUCCAGGGCCAUAGUUGUAUGUUCCUGACCGUGACUAUCCAAGCUUUCAGAUGAAGCAGUAAGCUACUCCCUGAUGUACUGUAUGUGUAUGAAGACACCACGACUGUCAAGCCUAUGUGUUUGAGGGAGAGGCUGCCCUUCCCCCAACCGUACCUCAGCUCUCAUAUGUACCUUCCUUCUUUCCCUACCUGUCAUGCUAACCCGUGUAAGGUCAUCCUUUUUAAUACCGUAGUAACGAUAGUGGUAGUAGAAUAACGUUAAAGUAAUAAUGUUUAUUACUAUGUUUCUCUUCUGAUUUGGUUGGUAGUUAUUCUGUAGGCUUGGUAAUGAUGAUGCAUAUGAUGUACUUCUCAAAGGCUUCUGGUUUAAAGGAACUGUUUGUUUGCUGUUUUUGUUGUUUUGUCACUUGCGGGUGACAUGGCGCUUCUUGAAGAGUUCAGUUACUUGAGGAAUGAAGAAUAAAACAUAUUACCCAUAAAUUCAAAUUCAAUGGGAAUAUCGCUCUUUUGAUUGGUCAGAAUAUAAUAAAGAAGGUAUAAAAGGUAUAAUAUAAAAGGUUACCAUGCCAACAAGCCUCUGUGGUGUAGCACAGGGUUAGUGUCCCUAUGACAACAAUAGAUUGGAAACAUUGUAACUUUGCACGUGCAUUAUACAGGCUACUUUACCAAAUCUUCCAGCAAGUGCAAUGGUAUGGCACCUGCUAGUAUGUCAACCACCUAACUAGCUAAUCCAAAUCGCUGCGUGUCUCAAGACAAUGUGUCGCUCCAAUAGAUAGUUGUUUACCAAACAGUGGAGCCACUGUGUGUCAUGGCCAGUCACACUACACCCCUGUUCUUCUAAAGGCUUUAGCUGGGUCACGGCAGCAAAACAAGCUAGACAACUACUUUCUUCGGCCACUAAAUUGACAUGAGUCGUUUUAGAGCUAUCUAUAAUGUAUUUUAAUUACAGCUUGUAGUAAAUUAGGCUGUAUGAGGGAGGAGCUAGUUAGUGUCAGUAAGGCUCACCUUUCAAUGUGCCAUGCCUAGAUGCAGCUGAAGGGUAAACCGAACUUCAGGAAAUACACAUGGUCUGUGACGGUAACAAUCUCAGUAUGUUGAUUUUCUAGUUAUUUUUUUGUCUUUGAUUCGGGUAUAUUUUCCAUUGUGUGAGAUGAUCCAUGAUAAAUGCAUUGAUUUGUAUGAAAAGCUGUACAUUUAUUGGAUGUGGUAUUUAUUGACCCUGGAGUCCCUGAAAGGUGUAUAUUUACACCUCUGUUGUAUUUGUCCCCUCACGUCUAUCUCUCUAUCUAUCUGGGGUUUUGUGUGUGUGUGUGUAGCACAGGAGGUUGGUGGCACCUUAAUUGGGGAAGACUGGCUUGUGGUAAUGGCUGGAGAGGAAUAUGUGGAAUGGUGUCAGGUGUUUGAUUCCAUUUGCCAUUAUUAAGAGCCGUCCUCCCCUCAGCAGCCUCCACUGGUGUUUGUGUGUGUGUGUGUGUGUGUGUGUGUGUGUGUUCGUGCUUGCGUGCGAACAAACAAGCAUGUGUGUGUAGCAGUGUGUUCUGUAUCUCUCUGGUGUGAUGUAGCCUGCCCCGUACCUCACUGUUCCAUAGUGUACUGUGUCCCUGUAGCGUCAGUCAGUGUCUGACUCCCGCAUGUGCUUGUUUGUAAAUACCCAAUAAAUAAUCAACAUAAACCAAACCUCAGUCUCUCAUGUGUC